AGAGGCGGAUAUUAACCUCUCAGGACGGAAGUUCCGGAGCCUUCAAACGCUCGGGGAAGCGACUCGGCAGCGGACCAAGAUGGCGGCGCCCAGUGAGGGACAAGCGUUUGCCGUAGGGGUUGAAAAGAAUUGGGGUGCAGUUGUUCGCUCCCCAGAAGGGACCCCCCAGAAAAUCCGGCAGCUGAUAGAUGAAGGGAUUGCCCCGGAAGAGGGAGGCGUGGACGCGAAGGACACGUCUGCCACUUCCCAGUCAGUUAAUGGAUCACCCCAAGCGGAACAACCUUCAUUGGAAUCUACAAGCAAAGAAGCCUUCUUUAGCAGAGUGGAAACAUUUUCUUCUUUGAAAUGGGCAGGUAAGCCCCCCGAGCUGUCUCCACUCGUCUGUGCAAAAUAUGGCUGGGUCACAGUUGAAUGUGAUAUGCUCAAGUGCUCUAGCUGUCAAGCUUUUCUCUGUGCCAGUUUACAACCAGCUUUUGACUUUGACAGAUAUAAGCAACGAUGUGCUGAGCUGAAGAAAGCCUUGUGUACUGCCCAUGAGAAGUUCUGUUUCUGGCCAGACAGCCCAUCCCCAGACCGAUUUGGGAUGUUGCCCCUGGAUGAGCCUGCUAUUCUUGUUAGUGAAUUCCUAGAUCGUUUUCAAAGCCUUUGUCACUUGGACCUCCAGCUUCCUUCCCUAAGGCCGGAGGACUUGAAAACUAUGUGCUUGACAGAAGACAAGCUCAGUCUUCUCCUGCACCUGCUUGAAGAUGAACUUGAUCACCGAACUGAUGAGAGAAAAACUACAAUCAAAUUAGGCUCAGACAUCCAAGUCCACGUCACUGCCUGUAUUCUCUCUGUGUGUGGCUGGGCAUGUAGUUCUUCUUUGGAACCCAUGCAGCUUUCCCUGAUAACAUGUUCGCAGUGUAUGAGGAAGGUGGGGCUCUGGGGCUUCCAGCAGAUUGAAUCAUCCAUGACUGACCUGGAUGCAUCCUUUGGCCUGACCAGCUCCCCGAUUCCAGGCCUUGAGGGGCGACCAGAGCGCUUACCUCUGGUGCCUGAAUCUCCUCGGAGGAUGAUGACGCGGAGCCAGGAUGCCACUUUCUCCCCAGGCUCAGAGCAGGCUGAAAAGAGCCCUGGUCCCAUUGUCUCUCGAACUCGGAGCUGGGACUCUUCCAGUCCUGUUGACCGUCCUGAGCCAGAGGCUGCUAGCCCCACCACCAGAACUCGCCCAGUGACCCGAAGCAUGGGAACAGGAGACACCCCUGGCAUGGAGGUACCAUCUAGCCCUCUGCGGAAAGCCAAACGAGCUCGCCUCUGCUCCUCCAGCAGUUCGGACACAUCUUCCCGAAGCUUCUUUGAUCCCACCUCUCAGCAUAGAGACUGGUGCCCUUGGGUGAAUAUCACACUUGGCAAAGAAAGCAGGGAGAAUGGUGGAACUGAACCAGAUGCCAUCGCCCCAGCAGAGCCAGGCUGGAAAGCAGUGCUGACCAUCCUCUUGGCCCACAAACAGUCUAGCCAGCCAGCUGAAACGGACUCCAUGAGUCUCUCUGAGAAAUCAAGGAAAGUAUUCCGAAUAUUUCGGCAGUGGGAAUCUCUAUGCUCAUCCUGAAGAUAUUCUAGCCCCUUCCUGAAGAGAGCUGGAACGCGAGUGACUUUUGGAAAAAUUAAGGCUGAGUUCCUUUUGGUCAGCUGACGCUAAGUUUUUCCUGUUCUGGGUUAAUCAUAAGGAGCCCCCUGCCAUAGCAAAGGCAGGGAGUGUCAACUGUCUGCAUCUGGCUGAGGGAGACCCGUUUCCUUUCAGGGAUGUGGACAGGGUAAGGGCAGCAAGCCUGAUUCUGUUGAAGGAGUGUGGGGUUAACAGACCAGAAGGAGGACUAAGGACCUGACCACCCAUUUCAGCAUCUUCAGUGUGGGGUGGUGUUCUGAGGACUCUUCUAUCCCAGGAGUAUGACAGCGUAUAUUAAUAAAAUAUUUGCUAAGAUUCUCA